AUGUUUGGAACUAGAGCAGCAAAAAGAUCCAGAAGAUGGAGGAAUGAUGUCCUCCAUGGAAAGAACUUCCUGCAUCCCACAAGCGUGUUUCAGAAGGCUGUAGAAGAGGCUAGAGCUUAUGAAGAAUCUGUCACACCCUCAGGUGAAGCCAGUGGAAGAGUGCCAGUAGACGUCCAGAGGUGGAAGAAACCUGAGAGUAACUGGUUUAAACAUAAUUGGGAUGCUGUAGUUAGAGACAAGGAGGGGCGUAUUGGCAUAGGUGCCGUGGUCAGAGACUCCCAGGGAUUGGUUAUAGGUACUCUCCGUGCUCAAAGGUCUCUCAAAGGCUGCUCAUCGGAUGCUGAAGCUUAUGGUCUACUUGUGGCUGCAGUUUUUUGUAGGGAACUUGGUCUGCAGCAGGUCUGCUUUGAGGGUGAUUCUAAGCAUGUGGUGAAUCUGUUACUUAGCAAGGAAGUGGACUGGAGCAUGGGGGGUUGCCUGGUUGAGGAUGCUAGGAAAAUACUAAAUUCAAGCAUCAGGUGGACAGCGUCUCAUGUCAAAAGGGAAGCAAACAAGGCUGCCCACCAGCUAGCAAAGUCGGCUCUGGAGGAGUCCGAGGAUGUCUAUGAUAUUGAAGUGUGUCCUCAGUGUAUUAAGUCCAUUGUGGCUUCAGAGCUGUUGUAG